UUGCGAAGUGGAAGUCCAUAAAUACACACGGACAAAACUCGCCCUUUUUCCCUUUUAAUUUUUGUGCAACCCAAGAGGGCGACAAAGAACAUCAAGAUGGAUUAGACGGGACAAAAACUUGGCGAAGUUUGGGUGAAAUAUUGGCGAAAUUUUGGCCACUAUGUACAGCAGCCCGACUGGGGGACCGCCAUCUUGGAACUCAAUGGCUGCAUCCCCGAUGUCUUCACAAGUGAGAACCCACGAAGUUUCAACUGUGACGGCCUCAGACAGAUUGAACUCUAGUCAGAAUUCCUCCUCGUCAAAACGCCCUGGAGUCGACAGCUCUGAUGGACACUCUCACAAAGGUUUUAAGAUGGAGACGCUUCAUGUAGACCCCAGGAAGCAGGAGUUACUAGAAGCUAGACUCUCUGGUGGGAAUAGGUUCCAACCAUUGUCGAACAUGUCCAGUGCAGGUGACAACUCUAACAUGAGUGGGGGUUCAGUGAGUGACCGGGAAGAACAGAUGCUGACACCUGAUAAAAAUAGAACACCUUCAAGUGGAGACCGGAAACGAAAAAGGAAAAACGUCAGCGAAUCCAGUGACCCAGGAGGUCCAAAAGCCAGGUCAGAUGCCAAUGGAAGAAAAAUUAACGAAUAUUUUAAGAGCCAGUCCCCCAGCAGGAGUAUGGGGUCGUCAGGUACAAAGUCCCCCUCCCCACAAGGUAUACAGUCAUUUUUGGGAACGGCACGAGGUCCCAGUUUUAUGAGUGCUUCAUCUCCACAGAACAGCUCUGAUGGGUUUCCUGCCAGAGCCCUGUACCAGCCGUGUAAGAUGUCACAGACUGACCUGGGAAUGUCAGACAUUGUGUCUUUGGAAUGUAAAUCUGUGACAGCGCUGGAGCAGAAAGACCAUAAAAUAGAUGAGCUAGUCAGGCAAUGUGACGAACUGCAGCGACAGUUGACAGCCCAACAAAAACUUAUAGAAAAACAAAAGGAGAACAUAGAGAAAUGUACAGAAGUUAACAAAUCAUUGUUAAUAGAAAAGAGUAAUAUUGAGAAGAAGACGACGCGGCAGAAGUGCAUGGAGAACCGGUUACGCUUGGGUCAGUUUGUGACCCAGAGGCAGGGGGCGACCUUUGUGGAGAAUUGGGUGGACGGAUGGGCGUUCACAGACCUCAUGAGGCAACAAGAACGAAUAGCUACAGAAAGAGAAGACUUAGAAAGACAAAGAAAAUUACUGACAAAGCGGAAACCCCCAACAAACUCUGCUGUACAGAAAAAUACCAAAAAUGAUGGCUUUGCCAAACCCUUAGAUAAACAUAUGUCAGUUGUUGAGUAUUAUGAACAGGACGACAUCCUCAAGUUACGACAAGCGUCCCUAAAGAAAGAGGAUGCUGAUUUGCAACUAGAAUUAGAAAAGCUGGAGAGAGAGAGGAAUUUACAUAUUAGAGAACUUAAGCGAAUUCACAAUGAGGAUAACUCUAGAUUUAAAGAUCAUCAAAUUUUAAACGAGAGGUAUCUUCUGCUGAAGUUGUUAGGGAAAGGCGGGUUCAGUGAGGUGCAUAAGGGUUUUGAUAUAAAGGAACAGAGGUACGUGGCCUGCAAGAUUCACCAGCUCAAUAAGGACUGGAAAGACGAUAAAAAGGCUAAUUAUAUCAAACAUGCUCUUAGGGAAUAUAACAUUCACAAAAGUCUUCAUCAUCCUCGGAUUGUGAAACUUUACGAUGUCUUUGAAAUAGACAAUAACUCAUUUUGUACUGUGUUGGAAUACUGUGAUGGAAAUGAUCUUGACUUUUAUCUAAAACAAAAUAAGAGCAUUCCAGAGAAGGAGGCAAGAUCUAUUGUUAUACAGACUGUUAGUGCUCUCCGCUACCUGAACGAGAUCAAGCCUCCGGUCAUACAUUAUGACCUCAAACCAGGUAACAUUCUGCUGGGGAGUGGUAGUGUGAGUGGGGAGAUCAAGAUCACAGACUUUGGGCUCAGUAAGAUCAUGGACGAUGAGAACUACAGUCCCGAGAUGGGCAUGGACCUGACUUCCCAGGGGGCUGGCACCUACUGGUACUUACCCCCAGAGUGUUUUGUAGUAGGAAAAGCUCCACCUAAAAUAUCUUCCAAGGUGGAUGUCUGGUCUGUAGGAGUUAUCUUUUAUCAGUGCUUAUAUGGCAAGAAGCCUUUUGGCCACAAUCUGUCUCAAGCUGCUAUUCUAGAAGAAAACACAAUUCUUAAAGCCACCGAGGUAGAGUUUCCGCCGCGGCCAGUCGUCACUAAUGAGGCAAAGCAAUUUAUCCGACGUUGUCUCCAGUAUAAGAAGGAAUUGAGGCCUGAUGUUCCUCAUUUGUCACAGGAAGAUUACCUCAAACCUGCCCAAUUGAAAUCCAAGUCAAUGAGCGAGGGCAGUAGUAGUGGUAUGUCGUCUGGAUCCCAGCAUGUACUGACUUUCAACCAGCCAUCUUUCUCAUUCGGUGAAAAACACUCCUAGUGACGUUUUGAUUUAGGAAUUUAAGAACAGACUGUCACUGCGAGGUGUGUAAGUGAGGAAGUGAGCGAUGACUGGUUAAUAAAUGUGAUUCUCAUGCCAUAUCGUCAUGCUGUGCGGGGACAACGGCCAGUUACAGGAUUAAUCCCCAAAGCUUUGUGAUGAACUGCACUAUUUACUACCACUGUAACCACUGACGUCACCAGGAUAUUUGUGGUUUCGAAAGGAUUCAGUAUUCCCACACGGUUCAGCUGAUCCUGUCAAACAGUGGUUCUCAACAAACCAGGAGCAGUACAGAGUUAUAGUUCAAUAAGAUUUGGCAUUCUCACAUAUAGUUUCACUGAUCCUGUCAGCAUUGUGUGGUUCUCAACAAGCUAGAAGUAGUACAAAGUUUUAGUUCAAAAAGAUUUGGCAUUCUCACACAGUUUAGCUGACCCUGUCAAGAGUGGCUCUCAACAAGCUAGGAGCAGUACAUAGUUCAAACGGAUUCAGCAUUCCCACACAGCUAAGCUGACCCUGCCAACAUGGUGUGGUCCUUAACAAGCCAGGAACAGAAGAAAAUUAGGGUUCAGAAGGAUCCAGUAUUCCCACACAGUUCAGCUUAUCCUGUCAACAUUGUGAGGUUCUCAACAAGCCAGGAUUUGUACAAAGUUAUGGUUCAGAAGGAUCCAGUAUUCCCACACAGUUCAGUUGAUCCUGUCAACGUUGUGACGUUCUCAACAAGCCAGGAUCAGUACAAAGUUAUGGUUCAGAAGGAUCCAGUAUUCCCACACAGUUCAGUUGAUCCUAUCAACGUUGUGACGUUCUCAACAAGCCAGGAUCAGUGCAAAGUUAUGGUUCAGAAGGAUCCAGUAUUCCCACACAGUUCAGCUGACCAUGUCAACAUUGUGACGUUCUCAACAAGCCAGGAUCAGUACAAAGUUAUGGUUCAUAAGGAUCCAGUAUUCCCACACAGUUCAGCUGAUCCUGUCAACGUUGUGACGUUCUCAACAAGCCAGGAUCAGUACAAAGUUAUGGUUUAGAAGAAACCAGUAUUCCCACGCAGUUAAGUUGAUCCUGUCAACAUCGUGAUGUUCUCAACAAGCCAGGAUCAGUACAAAGUUAUGGUUCAGAAGGAUCCAGUAUUCCCACACAGUUCAACUGAUCCUGUCAACAUCGUGAGGUUCUCAACAAGCCAGGAGCAGGACAAAGUUAUGGUUUAGAAGAAACCAGUAUUCCCACGCAGUUAAGUUGAUCCUGUCAACAUUGUGAUGUUCUCAACAAGCCCGGAUCAGUACAAAGUUAUGGUUCAGAAGGAUCCAAUAUUCCCACACAGUUCAUCUAACCCUGUCAACAUUGUGACGUUCUCAACAAGCCUGGAGCAGUACAAAGGUUAUUCCUACACUGUUCAGUGAACAUAUCGGCAGAAAAUUUACUGUGCUGCAAAGAGCCUUGUGAUGAUGCGGUGCACUGAUGUAAAGUAGUGACAAAACCAAGACCAAACCAAGCCUGGAUUGUGUAAACCUCAUAAGGGUUCUGGUUUUGUGGUGGGAUUAUUAAAAACUAGCGAGGAGAAGAUGUGAAAGUGUGAAUAUAUCCACAGGAGCAAAAGAACAGUGUGUGAGAUUUUGAAGCUUGUACCUACAUGUAUGAUUGUCGCAACGUCUGGGAUUGCAAGAUGGAUGGGUUAUACUUUCCUCGAGUGACAGUGAAAGGAUAUUUUAGUGAUUUUAAGACCAUUCUUCAUGCAUUUAUUUUGCAAGAUGACCUGACUUACAGCAUGAAGAUACCGUGAUAAAAAAUUUGUGACAAAAAAAUACUCCAGAGCUUCAUAUUUGUCAUCUGGUGAAACAAGAAACAUCGUUGCCAGAAACAUGGUGAAACAAGAAACAUCGUUGCCAGAAACAUGGUGAAACAUAAAAUGCUAUUGCCUGAAACAUGGUGAAACAUAAAAU